UUAAAAAUAUAGUAUUUGCCUUGUUAAAUACUUUAAAGUUCACAAAAUAUAUACACACCAUCUGGAACAUAUUAGCUCCUCCUAGAAAACGCGUUUGUUUAGUUUUCCGUUUUAGACAAAAUUCGGCGGCUGCUUCCGUGAUAUUUCUCGUCUUCCUUAAAAAUCACCUAUCAGUUGACUUUUCUGUCUCUACAGUUAGAAGAAGAAGGGAAGGGUAUGGUAUAUUGGUAUUGUAGUUGAAGCAGCCCAGCACGACAGGAGACUUGUUUGACCAGUCCCUCCUCUUACUCAUUCAACCUUCUUCAUCUUCACCCACCCUUAUAUCAAAACCCCCAAUUCCCCUCUCCAUCUCCAAACUUAUUUCAAACUAUUUAUCUUUUUAAAUAAAAAUAAAAAUGAACGAUCUAUUCUCGGGCUCCUUCUCCCGCUUCCGCGGCGGCGACCAGUCCCCGCCGCCGACCCACAACAUCGAGCUCUCGGACGUGGCCGGCGGCGUCAACCUCGACCGCUUCUUCGAGGACGUGGAGGCGGUGAAGGACGAGCUCCGCGACCUGGAGUCGCUCCACAGCCAGCUCCAGACCGCCCACGAGCAGAGCAAAACCCUACACAACGCCAAGGCGAUCAAGGACCUCCGAUCGCGCAUGGACGGCGACGUGGCGGCGGCGCUGAAGAAGGCGAAGGUCGUGAAGGUCCGGCUGGAGGCGCUGGACCGGUCCAACGCGGCGAACCGGAGCCUCCCCGGGUGCGGGCCGGGGAGCUCCUCCGACCGGACCCGCACCUCCGUGGUGAACGGCCUCCGGAAGAAGCUGCACGACGCGAUGAACCGAUUCGGCGAUCUCCGGCAGCGGAUGGGCGGCGAAUACCGCGAGACCGUGCAGCGGCGGUACUACACGGUUACGGGGGAGAAUCCCGACGAGAAGGUUCUGGAUCGGCUGAUCGAGACCGGGGAGAGCGAGACGUUUUUGCAGAAGGCGAUCCAGCAGCAGGGGAGGGGGCAGGUGAUGGACACGAUUCUGGAGAUCCAGGAGCGGCACGACGCGGUGAAGGAGAUGGAGAAGAAUCUGAAUGAGCUGCAUCAGGUGUUUCUGGAUAUGGCGGUGCUGGUGCAGAGCCAGGGGGAGCAGCUCGACGACAUCGAGAGCCAGGUGAACCGAGCCAGCUCCUUUGUCAGGGGUGGGACCCAACAGCUCGAGGUUGCCAGGAAGCAUCAGAAGAAUACCAGGAAAUGGGCCUGUUUUGGGAUUAUUUUGCUGCUCAUUGUUAUUCUCAUCAUCAUUCUUUCUAUACAGCCAUGGAAGAAGUGAAACUGAUGCUUUUUUUUUUUUUUUUGGUUCUAUGCAGUAUGAUUCUUGUUUGUUGUAUCUAUGUCUUGUUUGAUAUUUGAAUUCUUGAUUAUUUGUUGGAGAAUUAGGUUUCAUCAUUUCGAGAUUUUUUGUUGGUUGAUAUGGUCCAUAUGGAGAUUAUUAGUAGAUGUUUUUGCCUUCUACCAUUUGUUGAUUUGUAUCCUAGCUAUUGUUUUUUAUGCAUUUUCUCAUUAUUCAUUCA